CUCCUCAUUCCUCUCUCCCUCUCCGCAUUCCCCUCCCCAUCGCAGGGGUUCGCUCUGUUCUUCCGCUGGGCAGUGACGAGUGUGUCUCGUGUCUCUGCUCCCGCCAUCUGACCCCUGUGGGUACCUGGAAUGACCCAAAAAGCCUCCCGCGCCUGAGACCGGCGAUCGCAUCGGUCAACUGAUAGCUCAUCUGCCUGUUGCUUAUCCGGGCCGAGGAUCCCUCGGAAGGAGCUGGAGCUGACUCUCUUUCGCCCCUCCCCUGAGUUGGGAUUGGCAUUAUUUUGUGGCUGCUGUCCUUUCAAUUAACAGACCUUACUUUCCCUGGCUUCUUGAUAUUUUAUUUCACCCUGGAUUCAUUGCUUCUUACGCUCCCUCGAACAGUACAUACCUUGCUUAUCGACAGAGCAGCAUGACUGGCCCCAAUGGCCAGCCAGACUCGGCUAUCGACAAACGGGACUUUGACUCACAUCGCCCGUUACUCCAGGACGUCGACCCCAUCCCGGAGCGGGAACCGGCUCUUGCCCGAUCACGCCCUGGAUCCAGACUGUCCGCCACCAACAAUGACGAUGGGCUCUUGAAUGACGUGGUCGACGAGAUACUGGAGAGAGAUAGGAGGAAGAUGGCUAGGGAGGUGAUCAGGGUGGGUAGCUUUGCGUGGGGGGUCAUCAGCUGUCUGGCAGCUGGUAGCAUCACCGCUUUCUCCCUAUAUGGCCCGUUGCUGCUCACUCGGCUCCAUUACUCCCAGCUCCGGGUGAACUCUGUCGCUAUCGCCGCGGAGGUUGCCAUGUACCUGCCCGUCCCGCUGUUCGGAUAUCUCUGCGAUCGCUACUCGCCCUCCCCCCUGGCUUUAUUCUCUGGGUUCGUGUUCGGGGCCGGCUAUCUGCUGGCGGCGGUGGUCUACAAGAGCGGACCACCCCCCGAUGUGGGCGGCGAUGGCUACCCGUUCUGGGUGAUGAUUGUGGCGUUCAUUGCCGUUGGCGUGGCCACCAGCUGCAUGUAUCUGGCUGCUGUGGCCACGUGCGCGAAGAACUUCGGGCGCGGCAAACACAAGGGGAUCAUGCUGGCUGUUCCCAUCGCCGGGUUCGGUCUCAGCGGCAUGUGGCAGAGCCAGGUCGGCACGUACCUGCUCUAUGAGCGUCUCGAUGACGGCACCCGCGGCGAUGUGGAUGUCUACAAGUACUUUGUCUUCCUGGCAUUGCUGCUGUUCUGCGUGGGCGUUAUCGGCACGUUCGCGCUGCGGAUCGUCGACGAGGAGGAAGAGAGAUACAUCGACGAGGCGGUCGACGAGCUGGAGCGCAGUGGCAUUCUUGAAGAGAGCGAGUUCUUCCAGUCCCGGAGCGAGGUCCGCGCGGCGUACGGGACUUUCUCGCAAGGGGAUGGCACCGGGUCAGACGGUGAGCUCACGCUGACGCAGUCGGAGGAGGAUCGGGAGGCGGAACGGCUCGAGAAGGCGAGAGAGGAGGAAGAGCGUCGCAAGAAGAAUUGGUUGCUGAACUACGAGACGAGGAUCUUCCUCCAGGACACCUCCAUGUGGUGGCUCGCGGCGGGCUUCUUCCUGGUCACGGGGCCAGGAGAAGGUUAUAUCAACAACCUGGGCACCAUCGUCCAAACAUUAACCCCCAUCUCGAGCCCCCCCAACACGCCACCCCCGGCAGGCCUCCCAUCAACACACGUCACCACGAUCGCCCUAACCUCCACGAUCGCCCGCCUCCUCACCGGCUCCCUCUCCGACCUCUUCGCCCCCCAGCCUCCCGCGACCACAAAAACAACAUUCACCCGCCUGGCCUUCCUCCUCCCCUCCGCCAUCCUCCUUUCAAUCGGCUACCUCCUCCUCGCCACCCCCCUCCCCCUCUCCCACCCGUCCCUUGUCCACCUCUCCACCGCCCUGAUCGGCCUCGGCUACGGCAGCGCGUUCUCCCUCGUCCCCAUCAUCAUCUCCGUCGUCUGGGGCGUCGAGAACUUCGCCACGAACUGGGGCAUCGUCGCCAUGGUGCCUGCCGCGGGCGCCGCCGCCUGGGGACUGAUUUACUCGAAGGCGUACCAGGAUGCUACGGAUCAUGGGAAUGGCUCGCCGGAUGGCCAGUGUCAUGGUUGGAAGUGUUAUGGGUUUUGGGCUGUCGGGUGCACAAUUAGUGUUUGGGUGGCUAUUGCGGCGUGGUUGGCGGCGUGGAGGUUGUGGAGGAGGAGGGGGGUUGUUGUUUGA